AAGUGGCAUUUUGACAGGGUUUUCUGACCCCACUGUCCGGUGUGUGUGUGUGUGUAAAUAUCAGUAAAAUAACCAGACAGUUGCUACGUUAACGUGUGUGUCGUCAGCAUAGACAUGGCGUGGCUUCACCAGAGUCGAGGUUCUCCCAGACUGGUCCUGGUGGUCGUAUGUGUGGCUCUGCUGCUGGACAACAUGCUGCUGACUGUAGUGGUUCCCAUCAUCCCGACGUUCCUUUAUGCCAUGAAACAUCCCGGCCCACAGCUCCCGACCGUCGGCUCCUCUCCGGCCCCUCAUGGCCCACCGCAGCAGGGCAUGUCACCCUCACGGUCCCCGCCCCUCGGAUCAAAUCUCCAGACCUCUCCGUCCUCCCGGCUCACUCAAGGCAGCAGUAGUGCUGCGGUCCUGACUCACCCCUCAACUACCCUCCCGUCGCUGAUUUCCCUGUUCGACAACACGACCUUUGGGCCGGGCUCCGACCCAGACCUGCUGGUCAACGACACCAUCAACACCACAGAGUCCUCGUGCCUGCAGGACAGUGUCUUCCUGGAGGAGGAGAACGUUCACGUCGGUUUGUUGUUCGCCUCUAAAGCUGUGGUUCAGCUGCUGGUCAACCCCUUCGUUGGUCCUCUGACCAACAGGAUAGGCUACCACAUCCCCAUGUUUGCUGGCUUCAUCAUCAUGUUCGUGUCGACCAUCAUGUUUGCCUUCUCGGGAACGUACGCUCUGCUCUUCUUCGCUCGCUCUCUGCAGGGCAUCGGCUCGUCCUUCACCUCCGUGGCAGGCUUGGGUAUGCUGGCGAGUGUGUACACCGACGACGAGGAGAGAGGCGUGGCCAUGGGCGUUGCCCUGGGAGGACUGGCCAUGGGGGUCUUGAUUGGAGCUCCGUUUGGCAGCGUGAUGUAUGAAUUUGUGGGAAAGAGCGCCCCCUUCCUGUUCUUGGCAUUUCUGGCCUUGUUUGAUGGAGCUUUACAGUUGUGUAUCCUGCAGCCGUCGAUUUCUCCCGGGAGUGUGGAGGGCACUCCUCUACUGACUCUCUUAAAGGACCCUUACAUCCUCAUCAGUGCAGGUUCUCUGUGUUUCGCCAACAUGGGCGUCGCCAUCUUGGAACCAACACUACCCAUCUGGAUGCUGCAGACCAUGUGUUCAUCAAAAUGGCAGCUUGGUAUGGCCUUCCUUCCUGCCAGUGUCUCGUACCUGAUAGGAACAAACCUGUUUGGUGUCCUCGCCAAUAAGAUGGGAAGGUGGCUGUGCUCCAUGUUGGGCAUGUUUAUUGUUGGCAUCAGUCUCCUCUGUGUUCCUUUUGCGACCAGCAUUUACGGUCUGAUUGGACCAAACGGAGGUCUGGGCUUCGCUAUAGGCAUGGUGGACUCCUCCAUGAUGGCCAUCAUGGGCUACCUGGUGGACAUCCGUCACAUCUCCGUCUACGGCAGUGUCUACGCCAUCGCUGACGUGGCGUUGUGUAUGGGCUUCGCUAUCGGUCCGUCCACAGGAGGCGCUAUAGUCCAGGCUGUGGGUUUUCCCAGUCUGAUGGUGUUUAUCGGGGUGAUAAACAUCCUCUACGCUCCGCUCUGCUUCUUCCUGCGGAACCCGCCGGUCCAGGAGGAGAAACUGGGAAUCAUCGACCAGGAGUGUGUGAUGCACAAGAAAAGCUACAACACGCAGGACGAGAGACGCGAGUUUCCUUUGAGCGACUACAGUGAAGAAGAAGAAACUGCAGAGUGACCCCCCCCCCCGCCCCCAAACACACCCACCCACUCUUUCUCACUCUCCCUCUCUCUCUCACACACACACACAUUUACUCUCUGAACUGACAUGAAUGGCAUGUAAAAGUAACGCAUAAAAGCUAAAAUGCUAACAUGCUUUUAGCUUUUUCUACACCAUGUAGUGGGGACUCUUUAUAAUUUUAUAAAGCCCACGUUUCAAUUAUCUUAUUUGGACAAGUUUAGCGGCCGGAUUAAAAAGCUUAACGGACCGCAUCCGGCCCCCCGGGCCGUAGUUUUAGUCAACAUCCCUACAAGCAACGUUGAAAUUACAAUAAUUAUUUUUUAACUUCAGUUUAUGUGGUGCACACACUUUCUGGUACUGACUGAUUUUUUUUUCA